AUGAUGACUGAUAAUAAUGAUGACAAUCGAAUUAUUCAACGAAGUAAUUCGUCACCAUCUGAAAAACAUAUUGAAGAUAAUGAAAAACCGGUAACAUUAACAUCAAUUACAACACCAACAGCAUAUGAUUGGGAAAGUGAUAAAAGACGUUCGAAACCUUUUGAUGAUGGAACAAUGAGUUUUUUUUGGCGUACACAUACUAUAACAUGUCUGGUUAUAGCUUUGUCAUAUUUAUUCUAUGUUGCUAUUUUGGAACAACCAUCAGAAGAUUCGACUUAUAAUACGAAAAGAGGUCUUCUAGCAUGUGCCGGUUUUUUUCUUGUCUUUGGUAUGACACAAACACCUGACGGUGUUUUUGUUCGACCUCAUCCUGCUCUUUGGCGUCUUGUGCUUUGCUUCAGCGUGCUACAAUUAUUAAAAACUAUCGAUCCAUCAUUAGGUGUACCAUUACCAGAUAAAGAUUAUGGAGGAUCAUGUCGUAUUUACGAUUGGGAAAAUCCAGAAGAUCCAUUUCAUUAUUUUAAAGAUAAAAUGGAUUUUUUUGUUUUAUCACAUUUUUUUGGUUGGUGGUUAAAAACUUUAAUUAUUCGUGACUAUUGGCUUUGUAUGGUAACAUCAAUAGGUUUUGAAAUUCUUGAAUAUUCUCUUGAACAUCAAUUACCAAAUUUUAGUGAAUGUUGGUGGGAUCAUUGGAUUCUUGAUACAAUUAUUUGUAAUGGUGGUGGAAUUUAUUUAGGUAUGAAAACAUGUGAAUAUUUAAAAAUGAAACCAUACAAUUGGCGUGGAAUGUGGACAAUACCAACUGUUAGAGGUAAAAUAAUGCGUGUAUUGGGUCAAUUUACACCCCAUGAUUGGCUUGAAUUUGAUUGGCGUCCAACAGCAUCUUUAAAACGUUGGCUUGCAAUGUUAUCUAUAACAUGUAUUUUAUUUCUUGUCGAAUUAGGUACAUUCUAUUUAAAAUUUAUUCUAUGGAUUCCACCACCACAUUUUUUAUGUUUAUUACGUUUAUUAUUUUUUUUACUUGCUGGUGGUGUUUCAAUGCGUGAAGUGUUUGAAUAUUUGGAUAAUCGUGAAUGUAAAAGAUUUGGUCGACAAUCAUGGGUUAUAACAGCUAUUAUAGUAACAGAAGUAUUAAUUGUAUUAAAAUUUGAUUGGAACACUGUUACAAAACCAUUACCAUUUCAUAUUGUACUUGUUUGGACAGCAAUUGCUGUUGGAAUUGCUUUAUGGACAAUAUAUCAUUUUUGGUUUAAAAGAUUUAUUCUUUGGGGACAGAGAAAAAAUCUUCAAGUUGUUAAGAAGGACAAAUGA